UCCUCCUUCGCUGUUCAGUCAACCCCUUUCUUCAAAUUCGUUUUCAAGAUAUAGAGAAGGAGAGAGGCCGGAGAUUUAGGUUUUCGAUAUCAACGAUGGCGGCAGCUCAUAUUGAUGUAGUAGACACAGCAGUAACCGACGAAACGACGUCGAAUUCCCUAGUAAAGAACACUCGUUGCUGCUGUUUCCCUUGCUUCAGCUCCCCGUACUCCCCCGUCGGCACAGCCUUUUGGCAGCGGAUAAGCAGUACGUCGUCCCAGUUCCAGUCCGGUACUGGAUUAUUGACUCGAAUCGUUUCGGCGGUCCAGAAGGUCCGGGAAUGGUCCGAGAUCGUCGCCGGUCCCCGGUGGAAGACUUUCAUAAGGAGAUUCAACCGGAAUAAAAGCGGUAGGCACGGACAAUUCCGUUACGAUCCUUUGAGUUACGCUUUGAAUUUCGAUCAAGGCCCGAUCAGUGAUUCGGAAGACGCCGAUUACGAGUACGGAGGGUUUCGGGCUUUCUCGGUCCGGUACGCUUCGGUUUCCCCCGGUUCGGAGACAACGGCCUUGGCUUACCGGUCUCAAACCGGAUGAAUCAUGAGAGUGAACCGGACUUUCUCUAUUGAUGACGUCAUUAUGGCUCGGCUUAUUUAUAUAUGAUUGCACUAGUGUAGGGUUUUUAUGAGGAUGAGGUGUGUGGGAUUAAGAUAAGUACAA